AGCGCAGCGUGAAGUGAACACAGAGCUGUUCUCUCGAAAGCCCCCAAACCUCCAUCCCUCUCGCUGCUUCCCCCCACCCCCCACCUGCUUCUUGCAAACAGCCCAGAUGACGCCCGGCACUUGAGUCAGACCCAGCUAGCGCCAUGAGCGACGCCCUGGAGGAGCUGCACACCGGGGGAGGCACCAUUUUCCCCCGGCCGCUCAGGAAGAACAGUGCCGUCGCCUUUUCAGGCCCUUCUUUCAUCCCACUGGAAGUCCGUCUGCUGCCACCUGGCAAGGGACAUAGGAAAAGUAAGGAGAGGGAGGAGAUCUUGGCUGCCACAAUACCAAAUCCCUUUCCAGACCUCCUCUCAACCGCAGUCUCAUCUCUAGUCUCAGGUUGCUUACUGCCAUGGACCAAAAACUGCACAACUCAGGUGAUUAAAGUGUUCAGUGAGGACAACACGAGCCGAGCAAUAGAGGUCCCCAGUGACAUCACGGCGCGAGAUAUCUGCCAGCUGUUCAUUCUGAAAAACCACUGCAUCGACGACCACAGCUGGACGCUGUUUGAGCAGCUGUCACACCUGGGCAUAGAAAGAACCAUUGAAGACCAUGAAUCUGUUAUCGAAGUUCAGUCUAGCUGGGGCAUGGAUACCGACAGCAAGCUGUGUUUCAGGAAGAAUUACGCCAAAUACGAAUUCUUCAAGAAACCCCUGGACUUUUUCCCUGAACACAUGGUGUCCAUUUCAAGUGAAACCAAUGGGAUAAUGAAUCAUUCACCACUAAUUGAGACGUUUCUCAACUCCAGAUCAUGUCCCGAAAUCCAUGGGUACCUUCACGCUAGAGAACAGGGAAAGAGAACCUGGAAGAAGUUCUACUUCAUCCUCAGGAGGUCCGGGCUCUACUUCUCCAACAAAGGGACGUCGAAGGAGCCGCGACAUCUACAGUUCGUCGCAGAGUUCGGCGACAGCGACGUCUACACGUUACUCUCAGCCCGGAAGAUGCACGGCGCUCCCACAGACUACGGAUUUUGCAUUAAGCCAAACAAGUCAAGCUCCCCCCGUGACUUGAAGCUGCUCUGUGCCGACGAGGAGCAUAGCAGGACCUGCUGGGUGACGGCCUUGCGACUUUUCAAGUAUGGGAUGCAACUGUACCAGAACUUCCUCCAUCCACAUCAAAAACAGAAAUCUUCACCCAUGAGGAGUAUCUCUGAAAACUCCCUGGUGGCCAUGGACUUCUCAGGACACAAGAGCCGGGUGAUAGAGAAUCCCUCAGAGGUGCUGUCGGUGGCCGUGGAGGAGGGGCUGUCCUGGAGGAGGAAGAGCUGCCAUCGUCUGAGUUGCCACGGAAGCCCUUCCACCUCUCAGAGUCCCGUAGCCAGCUUAGCCCUCCACAGAGCUCAACCUUGGUUCCACAGCAGACUGUCCAGAGACGAGGCUCAUCGACUGAUCACCCAGCAAGGCCUUGUUGAUGGGGUUUUCCUUUUAAGGGACAGCCAAAGCAACCCCAAGACGUUUGUCCUGUCACUGUGCAACAUGCAAAGAAUCAAACAUUUUCAGAUCCUACCUGUGGAGGAUGAGGGGGAGCUGUUCUUCAGCUUGGACGAUGGCCAGACGCGAUUCACCGAUCUCAUCCAGCUGGUUGAGUUCUACCAGCUGAACAAGGGCGUUCUGCCCUGCAGGCUGAAGCACCACUGCUCCCGGGUCGCCCUCUGAGCCGGUGGGCGCUCGAGAGAGAGCCGCCAGCUCAGGGCUCGAUGCACCUUAACCACAGCGGCUCCCUGGGGAAACCCCCCCCCACCCCCCCCCCAACCCCCCCGAUAUGCGCACCGUGCCUUCGACAGGAGAAGCCCUUGAAGCGAAUACAGCCAGAAUCUGACAGGUUGCAUCCCCCACGCCUACCCAUUGUGACACACGACAAGUCCUUUCCCCGUUGCUUUGAUCGGAACGUUUUUUUUUUCUCCAGUAGGAGAGGGAAUGCAAGAUCCAUUUUGGGAGACAGUCGGGGGGGAAGACUGCAUGCAGUGAUGGUUUUAAUGCCAAUGUCAGUUGGUUGAUAAUUGAGAUUUGGCCUGUUACGGGUGUUUCGAAACUUCAAGGGAGAGAACAGAUGCCACGAGCACAGAAGACAAAAAAAUAGCUACUUAAAUGCCAGACAACGUACUGUAUAUAGUGUAGCGCUGAAUGUGUUUAUAUAAUGUUUCAGCAUGUGGGGCUAAAACCCAUUUCGGGACUGAGAGCAUUUCAGUGGAAGCUCAUUGUUUGCCACUAGCUUGUUUUCACGAAAUCUAAACCGAGUCUUGUUGCAUUUGAUAGUAUUUUAUUUUAUUUUGUUUUUCUUUUUGUAAUCUGUUUUAGUAGGGUGAAUAUUUGACUAUAGCCAUAUGGAUCAUAUGCGAGUUGGUACUGUUGCAGUGAACCUGUCCGCUUACGGUUCACAUGGAAGGGGCAUUCACAAAUCAGGUUGGACAGGGGAGUCCCAAGCACACAGGGACUGCAGUGGUCCUCUGUCCUCUAAUCUUCACUAAGCUUGCGACUGUUGAAUUUCACUUGUUCGCUCACAGAUCAGCUCCACGAUCUCCUGAGCAAGCUAAGCCCUGCCCGACACGUUAUUGAACAACAUGAGGUAUCCAGGUGUUGUUUUUUUUUUUUCUUACACGAAUGUGACUGGCUGAAGGAAGAAGAAGCAUUGGGACAUUUACGAAGGCCGCAGAAACGGCGAGCAGCCUGCUUUAAUGGCCGGAUAUGCUCAUUGUAAACAUGAACACGUCACAUUAGCCUGUACUGUACCUUUAAGUGGAAUGUAUUGAUUAUUUCUGAAAGGAUGCCAUCAUCCGUUUCCUUGACAGUUUCGGGAUUUAAUUUAAUGGUUAAAAAUGGCAAGAAGUUAUGCAAAUAAAAUCGUAUUAAAGCUAAUAUUGUAAAAGGUUAAACCAGGGCCACAAAACACCUUUGACUAGUUUAAGUAUCAAUGUCAAAAACGUAUUGCUAGUAGCUACAGUUCAAUCAAGUGAAAUAGUGCGAACCAGCCACGUUAAACGGGGUACCAACCUUUCUAAAAAUAAUUUACAACACUCAUAAAUUGUUGCACUUCUAACACAAGUGAAAGAACGACGAGAUUUUGACGCAAUGCACUUUUCCUACAUAGGCACAAGGAUACGUCAUUUUAUUUCAUAACCUAAGAGCAAGUGUGUUGAGAACAAAUGAAUGUCUCAGACUGCAAUGUUUUGUACAAGUCUAAGUGUUUUUGCACUGUAUGCAUUCUGUCUUGCAAUUUUUAAGUAUCUACAGCUAGCUGUACGGUAAACACGCAUUUUUAAAGCCGUUCUACACCCACGAAGAGAAUUUUAUUUCAUAUCCCAUUAAGUGAUCUAGACUGAAUUAUUUGCACUGUAGUUGGCACACUGUAACAUAUUAUUUCUGAUCCUAAAGAUAAAUAUUGGCUGUUUAAGGACUGUUGGAACACGUUUAGGCGAUUACAAACGUACAUACGUUUUUUUUUUUUUUUUUUUUCUUCCUUUGUGUGUCUGGUUAUGUAGGCUUUACUUACAUUUUAUAUGGACCUAAACACGUAGCUUUGAAUGUAAGUAAAAUGACUGUAUAUAAUUUAACGCCCGCCGUAAUGUUUCCCCGACUUCAUUUUCUACACUUGCUUUGUUUGUUAUUGUGUGGUCUGCAGUUUCUACAAAGCCAGUAACUUUGAACUUGAUGUUUCAGGAGAGAUCGGCUCUCUCUUGUGUCACAUUAUGAAGUGGCAAAGAAACAAAGAAAAUAUUGCUUGGCAUUGUUGGGUUGAAACCGAGUGAUAUUUUGUAGAAAUGUUAAACUACCUGCUUGAUGUUUACAGAGCCAUUUCCAAUUAAAAUAAUGCAAUUAAAAUAUUUUACCUUUC